CCGCAUGAGAUAGGCGGUGCACACGGAGGCCGAGCGGCUGCGGCCGUUCUUGCAGUAGACCAGGCAGGCGCCGCCCGCGCGCACCGCGGCCUCCAUGGCGGCGCAGGUGGGCUCCAGGUGCGCCAGCAGGUCCUCGGAGGGGUCGUCAAACACGGGCACGCGCAGCUCGCCUACGCCGGGCGCGCGCGGCCCCGGCUGCUGGCGCGACACGUUGACGCACAGCGUGAUGCCCGCACGCGCCAGCAACUCUGACGAGGCCGCGGCGCGCGCGCUCCCGAGAAAGAGGGCCGGGGCCACGCGCACGAAAGGCGGUGGCGCGGUCGACCCGGGCCCCGGAUCCAUGACGGAGGGGCCGUGGCCCGGGCUGACUUCCGGUGCACUGGGUCAGAUCAGGGCUACUUCCGGCGCCCUGGGUCCUGCGGCAGCGCUUCCCAGGGUUCCGUCCACAAGGCUUUGGCUUCAUCUCAUUGGCUGCGGGUCGGGGCCGUUCAUUGGCUGGGUCCUGAGCAGUACGGAUUGGCUAAGUGCAGUGGGCGGGCUCUUGGGCGAGCCAAUGGGCGGGCGUCUCGUCGCAACCUUGACCCCGGCUUGCUCAGCCAUGGCGGCGCCCAGGCUUAUCUGCGGGAGGCGAUACGAGGAUGUCUCCAGCGUGACCGCAGCAUCCUACACAUCAGCUCUCGACGGAAAAGAUCCCUCCCUUCCAGUGUCGCGUUGUCCUACCAUCAGGACUUUGCCUCCAUUCAUCCGGACCCAGAGCUCCACUUGCUCCGCCGGGCUGAAUCGGCCAGCCCCGCGCCGGAGAUGUGGCGCCGACUGGGCGGGGCCGGGGCGCGGUGAUUGGUCGCGGGACAACAGGACGCUGCAGCCCAGUUUGGAGCUGCACCGCGCCGAGAUGGCCAGCGCCCCGGGCAGGCCGGGCUCCGAGGACAGAGACGGGGACGGGCGUCACUACCCGCUGGGCCCGGGUCCGAGGCUGCCCGGCGCGCACCGCUCUGAGUACCAGCUGGACGAGCCGCUGAAGGUGGAGGACCUGGAGGGCUCGGAGAGCACCACCCUGUCCUGCCAGAGCACCCCUCCUAGGGGUGCCCCCGAGUUCCCGGAAGAGGAGGAGGAGGAGGAGGCUCCAUGGCCCCUCGGGGAGCAGGACCUGCUGGAGAGCUACAUCCCGCUGGUGCCUGGCUCGCAGGAGUGGCCCGACGGCUGCGUGUACCACGGCGAGUUCGGGCUGGACGUGAAGCUGGGUUACGGGGAGUUCUCCUGGCCCACGGGAGAGACCUACCACGGGCAGUUUUACCGCGACCACCGGCACGGCCUGGGCACCUACAGGUGGCCUGACGGCUCCAGCUUCUCCGGCAUGUUCUACCUGAGUGACCGCGAGGGCUACGGCACCAUGCACCUGAAGGGGCAGCUCUUCCAGGGGCUGUACAGACGGGACAGACGCUUCGGGCCAGGCGUCAUGACCUACGCCGACGGCAGCCAGGACGUGGGGCUGUGGCUGGGGGACCACCUCCUCCAGCUGUGCACCGAGCACCCGGGCGCCUUCUCCCUGGGCCGCUACCCCGAGUUUGCCGCCUUUCUGGGCGGCCCGCACCCCAGGGUCCAGCCACCGGAGGAGGAGCUGAUGGAGUGGGGCCUGGACGAGGAGCGAGACCCCUUCUUCUACGACUACAAGCGCUUCCUGCUGGACGACGACCUCACACUGCCCCCUGAGAUGUUCAUCUACUCCACGGACCACAGCCACCUGCCCAUGACCAGCACCUUCCGCCGUGACCUGGACCGCCGCCUCUUCCUGCUGGACGCCACACCGGAUGGCGGGGAGCCCUGGCUGGUCAAGAAUGAGACCCCGUUGCUGGUCCGGGUGCAGGCACACGCCUACAGGUUCCGGAACAAGAAGGUGCAUGCCAGGUGGAACAUGGGCGCCAUCCUGAUGGGGGACCGGAGUGGCUUUGGCAGCGAGGGACCCAAGGAGCGCUUCUCCAAGGAGAUGAUCCUGAAGGCUGAGGAGGGGGACAGCGCCUGGGUCUGUGGGGCCCUGAGGGACGGCCUCGCCAGCCCCGACGUGGCCGACUCCAAGGGCUACAGCGUGCUGCAUGCGGCUGCAGUCCACUCCCGCCUCAGCGUGGUCAGCCUCCUGCUAGACAGCGGGGCCGAUGUGAACAAGUGCUCGGACGAGGGCCUCACGGCGCUCAGCAUGUGCUUCCUGCUCUACUACCCGGCCUGCUGCUUCAAGCCCAAUGUAGCCGAGCGCACGCUGCUCCUGCCCCAGGACAGCCCCAGGGGCCUGGUGCUCCCCACCCGCUCCUCCCCAGGCCUCGAUGCAGUGGUGCAGGUCCUGUCCCGAGAGGAGCCGGAGCCCAGCCAGGCCGCCCAGGAGUCCAGGCCAUUGCCCGAGCCCACCCCUCGGGCCGCCCCUCCGGCCACCCCCCUGCCCGUCCAGCGGUCACAGGAUUCCUACCAGAGCAAGGCCAGCUGCCAGGAGUCAGGCUCCACGUCUCUGAAGAGCAGCACGAGCGCCCUGGAUCGGGGUCAGGACGAGGUGUUGGGAACGCCAGACCGAAGCAUCCCAUGCAGCGUGGACAGCCAGUUCGAGUCCAACGUGUGCCUGCACAACUACUCCAUCACGCUGACCGAGGACCUGCUGCAGCACAGUGCCCGGGCCUACAGCACGCUCAAGACCCCCGCCUUCCGCUGCAACGCCCAGGAAGGCACCAUGCGCAAGAUGGCGCUGUCCAUAGUGGAGCACAGGACCCUCUGGCAGAUCAUCCAGCUGCUGCUACGCCGUGGGGCAGACCCCAACCUGUGCCGUGUGCCCAUGGAGGUGUUGUUCUUUGCCGUCAAGGCUGGAGAUGUGGAUGGUGUGCGGCUUCUGCUGGAGAUGGGGGCCCACACCCACAUCGAGUUCCCGGCCCAGCUCAGGUCUCUGACGCCCCUCCACAUCGCGGCUGCCCUGCCUGGGGAGGAGGGUGUCCAGAUCACGGAGCUGCUGCUACAAGCCGCCCCUGACGUGGACGCCCGCGCGGCUGACCAGGAUGACAGCUACAAGCCGGGCAAGCUGGACCUGCUGCCCUCCAGUCUGAAGCUCAACGGCGAGACAGGCCCUCCCAGCAACUACUACAGUGUCCCUGAGGAACAGCCGGCUGAGGCGGGCCGCACGGCCCUGCAUGUGGCCUGUGAGCGGGAGGACAACUACAAGCACUCCCGGGAUGUGGUGCGCCUCCUGCUCUCUCACAAGGCAAACCCCAACACACUGUGGAGCGGCCACUCCCCGCUCUCCCUGGCCAUCGCCAGUGGAAAUGACAUGAUCGUGAGGGAGCUGCUGGCGCACGGAGCCGACCCCAACCUCUUCCUGACCAAGGGUCUGGGCAGCGCCCUGUGUGUAGCCUGUGACAUCAACUACGAGUCCCAGAGGAGCACAGACAGCAAGCUGGCCCUGAUUGACCGGCUCAUCAACCAUGGGGCUGACAUCCUGAACCCCGUGACACUCAGGCAAGGAGACAAGGAGGCUGUGGGCACCGCUGUGGACUACGGCUACUUCCGCUUCUUCCAGGACCGGAAGAUUGCCCACUGCGCCUUCCACGCGCUCAUGCCUGCAGAGCGCGAGAUCUUCCUGGCCCGGAAGCAGCUGCUGGAAUACAUGGGGCUGCUGCUGCGCCAGGCAGUGCAGGCCCGCGAGAGCCAGUGGGACCCCAGGGUGCUGUACCUGAGUAAGAGAGCGGAGCUGCUGCGAUGUCACCGGCUGAAGAGGAAGAGCAUUGGGCAGGCCCGCAUCCAGGGCUCUGAGGACCAGAAGCAAGGCCGGAUCCCCUUCUUCAAGUUCUGCUCUCAGUGCGGCCGCUCCGUCGGGGUGCGCCUGGUGCCCUGCCCGCGCUGCUAUGGCAUCCUGACGUGUGGCAAGUACUGCAAGUCCAAGGCCUGGGCCGACUUCCACAAGAGGGACUGCGGGGAGCUCAUGGUCAUUGCGAAAAGCUUCAUGGAUGCCUGUCAGAAGAAGCUGCAGGGCCAGGCUCGGGUCCGGGUCCGGGAGGCCGCACGGAAGUCAGAAGUGCUGAAGUAUAUGUGUCAGAGGAUGCUGGUUCAGGACUUCCAGCACCUGUGAGUAAGGCCCUGGAAUGCUGACCCCCAAAGGGCCCUGUCUCCCUGGGUGCUGACCCCCAAAGGGCCCUGUCCCCCUGGGAUGCUGACCCCCAAGGUCUCUGCCCCCCCCUAGGAUACUGACUCCAAGGGCCCUGUCCCCCUGGAAUGCUUACCCCCGGGGCCCUGGCCCUCUGAGGAUGCUGACCCCCAAAGGGCCCUGUCCCCCUGGGAUGCUGACCGCAAGGGCUCUGCCCCUCUGAGGAUGCUGACCCCAAGGGACCUGUCCCCCUGGGAUGCUGACCCCCCAAGGGCUCUGCCCCUCUGAGGAUGCUGACCCCCCAAGGUCUCUGCCCCCCUGGUAUGCUGACCCCUGUGAGCCCUGAGUCCCUGGGAUGUUGACCCCAAGGACCCUGCCCAGCUCCACUGCUGAACUUUGAGGCAGGCCUCUGCCCUUUACAGAGAUGUGUGAACCCCCAGGAACCCCCACUCCCACCGCAGAAAUGUGGACCCCUCAGGGCCUCACCUGUCCCCCUUGCAGGGAUAUAUGAACUCUGAGGGACUUGCCUGACUCCCAAGAAGGAUGUGCGGACUUCAAGGGUCCUGCUUAGCCCACAACAGGGAUGCGUAAACCCCCAAGGGCCCCACUCCCCCUCAGGAUAUGUGAACCCCAAGGGCCCCGCCUGUCCCCCACAGAGAUGCCCAAUCCUGAGGCCUACCAACAGGAAUAUGUGAACCCCAAGGGCACCUCAGGGGUGUGAGGACUCCAAGGUCCCCCUACAGGGACACAUGAGCCCCAAGAGUCCUAAGUGCUUCUCCACACCAUGCUGAACCCAAGGGCCCUGAACCGCAAGAACCCCAUCUGUCCUCUCUCCAGGAAUGCUAACCCCCAGGGAUCCUGCAUCUCAACCCUGAGGACCCCACCUUGUCACCAGGGUUCUGGGGUGCCACAGGGAGGGCCUGCUUUGUGGGGGCUCAGCCACUCACACAGAGCUGAAAUAAAGUGGCCCUAAGGA